CGCCCGAUUUGUGCGUGCGGGACGUGCGUGUGGAUGAAGUGGUGAACGCCGGUCUCGGGACGUCGGUGGUGUGCUACGUUGGCGUGACCUUUGCGGCAGAUGUCGUGGUGGACGUGGCGUCGAUGUCAGGGAGCGUGCGCAACGUGACGCUGGCGAACUGCACGUUUGUGGGCGGAGCGAGCCUGUACGUUGUCGGGUGGCGUUCCGAUCCGCCUGCUGGCGAGCGCGCCGAUGUGUUGAUCAGCGGGCUUGAGUCGUGUUCUGGCGGCGGCGUGCUGGUGGCGAACCGAUUUCCGCCGGGCUCGCGCGUCACUGUGGUGGACUCGGUGCUGAUCGCAGAGAAGCGUGUUGUGUACCAUGACGCCUACGGCCUUGGCGCCGCCUCCGCGUGCCUCGUGUUGCACAACGUGAAUCUGACGGGGAGCGUGCUGACCAUCGCGCGCACGCACGUGGCGGCUGUGUUCCGCGACGCUGUUGGCGUGUUGGUGGUUGGCGGCGUGGCGGUGUCGUCGCGCGGUGCGCUGUACGUGGACGGGCUGUCGGUGCAGACGGCGCUGGGGCUGUGCGUGUCGGUGGAGGGCGGUGUUGUGGCCAGCGGCGGCUCCGUGGUGGCGUUUGUUGACAGCGACUUCCUGCUGUGCAAGCACGCGGUGUCUGUGCGUGGGGCUGUGAGCGUGUCGGGCUCCGCUGUGGCGCUUGUGCGGAGCGAAUUUUCGUCGACGGAGGACUACGCGGUGGCGUUUUAUUCGACGGUGAGCCUGGCUGGCGGGUCGAUGCUGCUGGCGAGGGGCAACGUGCACGACGGCGUCUCGAGGGAGAUGCUCUACGCCGCUGGCGCCGUGACCGUUGCUGGGAGCACGCUGAGCUUUGUGCGCAACCGAGCGCUGCUGCCGCGGAUGCUGUCGCUGAGCCUGUCGCUUGCGGCUGGGGCACGUGUGAGGGUGGCGUGCAACGACGCUGGUGGACGUGUCCUGUUGACGGCGGAGGAGUACGCUGCGGCUGGUUUUGGCGACGCUGGGAGCAUCGACGUUGCUGGGUGCGACGCCUGCGACAGGGACACGCACUGCUACGCGCCCGGGACGGCGUCUGCGAGCAUGAGGAACGGUAUGUGCGUGUGCGCGUGCGGCAGCGGCGGGUACGGCGAGGUGUGCGUGCCUGUGGGAGCUCCUGCACUGCCGCCCGCUGUGGGCACCGCGUCGAGAGUGUUUGUCCGCGAGAGCGUGACGGUGCGGUCGGUUUUCUUCGUGCCUGCUGGCGCGAGCGAGGUGACGCUGCGCCACGUUGUGCUGGACGGCGUGAGUCCUGUGCUCUACGUGCCGUGGAUGGCGCGGGACGGCGUGCGGAUCGUUGUGCAGAACGUGUCGCUGCUGAACGGUGCCGUGUUGUACGUGAUGGGCGGAGGAGGCUUGCGCGGUGCGGUGGCGGCGGGGAGCGACGAGAGCGGGCCGGUGGAGCUGUCCGUGUGCGAUGUGGAGGCGCUGAACGGUGCGCUUGUGCUGAGCGGCACUUUCCCGCGGGGUCUG